UUGAAAUACACAUGGUUACGGAAGAUCUCAUGGAUUUCUGUUAAAUAUUUAUUACUAACAAGUGUUUGUGAGCCAAAUAAAUAAUGUGUCGUACCGUGGUUUGAUAACGUGAUAGUGCAGUUUUGGAGGUAAAAUGCCCGCUUCCAUUUGCGACCCAGUAUCAAGCGCAUUGCGUUUGUCUCUUACCGCAGAUGAAUCCCAAAGUUCAUCGUUAUUGGACAGUAGACUCUAUUCUUCAGCUAAAACUGCACUCUUAUCCAAGAUUGAUUUUGAAGAAUCAGGAGAUUACCAAAGCAAUGUUCUCGACGGGUUGAAGUCUAAGUACGUGGUGAUUCGACCUAAAAAACCUGUACUGGAAAGCAAGCUUUUGAAAAAAGAAAGCAUUUCUUCUAAUCAGACUGCAGAUGCUACAAAAAAUGGUGAAGACGGUUUGCCGAAACCGAAACGGGUGUUGUUCCCCGUUGAGAAAGUCCAGUUGGGUUGGCAGGGGGCAUGGGCAGCAGGUGCUGGUAUGCAGAAUGUUGGUAACACUUGCUACCUGAACUCAACCCUUCAGGCACUGUUCCAUGUGCCUGCAUUGGCCAACUGGCUAGUCUCUGAAGUUACCCAUGCUGAGAAAUGUAAUCAGCAAGAAGCAUGUGUGAUUUGUGGCAUGAGAGCCACAUUAAUGGCUACUCAAAAGAGUGGUGGUGCACUGAUCAAGCCUUGGCAGGUGUAUUCCAAAUUACGCCUCAUCUGCAGACAUCUUACUCCUGGCAGACAGGAAGAUGCACACGAGUUCCUAAGGUACCUGGUAGAAGCAAUGGAGAAAUGUUACCUGUCAAGAUUCAUAAACUUUGACAAACUAGACCAGUACAGUAAGGAGACCACUCCUCUGAAUCAAAUUCUGGGAGGUUAUUUACGCUCAACGGUACGCUGUUUGGCUUGCCAUCACCUAUCUACCACCUAUCAACAUUUUCAGGAUCUACUACUGGAUAUAAGAAAGCAUUCAACUCUGGAUGAAGCUUUAGAUUCAUUUUUUUCACGUGAAAGGCUAGAAGAUUUAGGAUAUAAGUGUGAGGCUUGUAACAAAAAGGUGUCAGCAACGAAGCAGUUCUUCGUGGAGCGAGCGCCGAUGGUGCUUUGCAUCGCACUGAAGCGAUUUUCGCUGGCCGGCGGUAAACUCUCCAAGCAUGUACAGUUCCGAAAGAAAAUUUCGCUCAGCAAGUACAUGUACAAUAAAAAUACACAGCAGCAAUUGUCAUACAAACUAGUAAGUCUAGUUACGCACCUGGGUCCUUCGCAAAACUGCGGUCACUACACAGCAAUAGGCCAAGCUCCCAAUGGAAACUAUUACCAGUUUGACGAUAGCUGCGUGCGUCCACUACCUCUUUCUGCUGUACUCGGAACAAACGCCUAUAUUAUGUUCUUCGAAAAAGAUAACACUGCAGAAGAGACUUCCGUCCCCACCGCAUCGACAUCCAGUGCAGUCUACGGCCCGCAACUUCCUGAUAACAUUCUCAAUAGAGAAAAGAGUCCACUAAAACUCACAUUUUACCGAAACGAAGAUAGGAAACCUACCCUUAACAGUACAUCAACAGAAGCCACGAAACCUGAAGUCAAACCUAUAAUAUUGAACAGCACAUUGAGCAAGUCAGACUCUAACCCAGACCCAUGGGUUUUAUUUCAGAAUGGUGAUGUAGAAAAAGUUACUUCAAUUACUAAUGGCAAAGAUAAGAAACCUGAUGAGGAAAACAAAUUAAGUUUCCUCAUAAAGAGGAAGUACACUGAUGAUAAUGCUAAACCUAAACCUCCAAAGAGUGAUUGCGAUAUGAGAACUAUUGCGAUAACUAAUGGAAGGAGCCUGGACAAGGCCGCUUCAACAAGUAAAUUGGUUAAACAAAAAUCGCCUUUAGAAAAGUUGGAAGAGCAAAUGAACAGAAGCGAUUCCUCAAAUCAUUCCCAACAUAAUGGGAAUUCGGGUUCGAAGUUAGUCCCUUACGACUCAGAGUCGAGUGGGGACGAAAGAAAUGAGAGACUUAGUGACGAUAGAAGAAAAGAGACUCCAAAAGAAGAGGGGCGUAAACCGAAACCAAGCAGAUGUGAGUCGCCGCAGGGCUUGGUUGUUACUACGAAAGGAAUGCAUCACGCGUGGACGGUCUCCAAUGAGAACAAUGUACCCCUUUUGAGCCCUAGUCUUAAUGGAGAUACUAUUAAGAAGGUAAAGGAGAAAGAAGAGCGUCGCGGCGAUGAGCAGAGUCCGAACACGAGUGUGAGCAGCAUGUCACCUCUGAGUGAUCGCAGCGAGAGCGCGGCGGCGGCAGCGGCGGCAGUGGCGGCAGCAACGGCAGCGCCGGCCUUCCACUCCGCACCCGCCACGCCCUCAGCCGGCGCCAUCGAAACGGCGCGCCAUCUGCAGAGCAUGUCGCAUCGAGGCUACGGCGCAUCCGUGUCUUCAUGGAACGGCACACAAAGUGCUAUGUCACGACAGGUGUUCGAGGAGAGACGCGAUGAGCGCAAGCGUGCUUCGGAUGGCAUCGACGACAUGGACCGUGGACGCACCAAGAAAGUGAAGCGAUUCCACCACUACAACAACCGGUUCAAUAAUAACAGGAACCACUAUAACCCCUUUCAGGAGAAACAGAACAAGCCGCACUGGAAUGGAGGUUUCAAGUACCGCGGUGAUCGCCGUCCGCCGCACCACUUCAACAAGCAUCACAACAAGUACAAGCGAUUUAAUAGAUACAACAAUGGACAUCAUUACCCGAGACACCAUUGACGACGGCCGAUCUGUGUCCGUUAUAACAGUGUAAAUAGAUAAUAUACGGACUUAAUUCCCUUUAAACUUAAGCCUUUAUUAUUAGGAAAUAUGAAAUAUUGAUAGUCACGAGAUACUUUACUCACCAUACUUCCGCUGCCGCCAGUCCAAAAUAGUUUGUAGGCAGAUUACAAUGUUGUAGGUUUAGUUAAAGAGAAUAUGGAACUGCUAAUCAGCCUUUGUGAUCGCAAAAGCAAUUUUAAGAUUAUAUACCUACCUAGACCUAUACCUAUCCAACUACAGUUUAUAAGUGGUUGUAAUAAAAAAAAAAGUGACUUACUAGAUAGAACAUUUUCGACUGUUUCACCUUUUGUUUGACGUCAUAGUGUAGCUCAAUUUGUUAUUUUUUGUUUUUAAAUUUUUCGAAAGAAAAAAAAUUGACUGCAAGAAAUUUAGUAUUUUAAAAUGUUAUUUUGUUUUUACUAUGUGCAAAAACCAACAGCAUUUGUGUUACCCUAAUAGUUAUUUUAAUUUCCAUCUAGAAUGUUUUUACAUAGAUCGCUCGAAAACUGGCAACGAUUGUUUGUGAUCUUGGCUGUUUAGAGGAGCGGCAAAGGCAUAUCGAUCUCUCCUACGUAGCUGUGUAAAUAGUCGUAACUUUACAGGGGGCCGUUUUAAUGUAUUGAAAGGAUUAAAUUCUUGCGUUAUUGCAAUUAAAUUUGAUACAUACUAAUUAUUGUAAUGAAUAUUAUGAUGUUUAUUACCAUGAUAUUCGUUUUUUUGUGAAAUUACUACACUAUUUUGUUAAAAUUAUUAAUACAAAGAUCAAGCACAAAGAAAAAUUAAUUUGGUCGGCGACCGGGGCGACCGCUGUGGUAUGGCGCAGACGCAGGUUCGAGUCCUGUCAGAUCGAAGGAAUUUUCCUUUGUGCUCGAUCUUUUAUUAAGAGUCUGUACAACCUCAUACAAAUUGCUUUGGUUUAAUCGGCGUAACAGUGAAAGUGUUGAAUAAAUCAGUUUAAAAAAAAAA